AUGGAUCGUCGCGGCUCGGCGUGUCCAGCCCACGCGCUUCGACUAGUAGCAGUCUUACUGAUAAUUACUGUCGCCCCCGCUACCGCUGGUCGGCGGAUAGACACACUAGGCACAACGACAAACGCCGACUCCGCCGGCACCGCGACCACGGCCGGCACCGCAAGCUCUGUCGACGCGACAGCUGGCGCGGCGGCAUUGGACCUCGCGGCUCUGGCGGUGGACGCGAAGACGCGUGCGGAGAUUAAAGCCCUCGCGCCGCUGAUUGGCGCCGCGGACCUGACGGGCGUCGGCAAGCCGCCCGAACGCGCCUCGUACUUAACUAAGGACGCGUUCGCCGUGGCGGCGCGCAAGUGGCUCGCGGCGGUGAAGCAGCGCGUGCAGAAGCUGAUUCAGCAGGCGGCGGGAGGCGGAGGGAAGGGGCGCGGGACGAGCAAGGGGAGCAGCGAACACGGCACAACCGUUGACCGCAGUCUGGGAUACGUCCCCCCCACGACCAAGGACCUCAAUCCCGCCAAGCUGCCCAAUCUCAACACCGUGUCGCGCUACCUCACCGUGGGCCUCACGCUCGACCCCACCUCGCAGAAGCUCACAUGGGAUUUCAAGAAGAGCGUGAGCCACAGCAAGUAUUUUCCUGAAGACGAUUUCGACCAGGGCAACUGCGGCUCCUGCUGGGCGUAUGCGGCGGCGCGGGCGGUGCAGGGCGCGUAUGCGAAGCUCAAAGAGACGGACGAUGAUGUGUUCCCCAGCGGGAUGAGCCUGUCGGUGCAGCAGCUGGUGGACUGCACGGGCGCUGCUGCCUCGUGCCGGGGGGGUUACCCCGAGGCUGCCCUGCAGUAUGCCGCUAAAUACGGGCUGCAGGAUGAGGCGAGUUACGCCUACACGGGGGCGAGCGGCAAGUGCAGUGUUAACAAGGAUACGGACUUCUUCAACAUCUCGAUGUACGAGCAGGUGCCACUGCCGGGGCCGCUGGGGCUCAUUCUCGCGCUUCAGAAGCAGCCCGUCAUCGUCACCAUCCGCGCCUCCUCCCAAGACUUUAUCGAUUACGCGGAGGGCAUUUACGAGGGCUUGAACUGCUACAGCCCCGUGGGGGAGGUCGUUGGGGACACGCAGGACAACGGGUUCAGAGCGACAGCCACAGCCACCAACAACACGGGGCUGCUGGACCACGUGAUGCUGGCCGUGGGGUAUAACUACGAUGUGCCGGGCAGCGCACAGAAUUAUUUCAUUCUGAAGAACAGCUGGGGGCCCGACUGGGGGGAGAAUGGAUACAUGCGGAUCCGCAUGGAGGGUGACGCGCUUGGCACGUGCGGCAUGCUGGUGAACCGCGGGCUCUACCCCGUUGUGAAUGCCCGCCAGACCAUAGACCCCUGCGGCACGUCACCCUGUGGGGGCGGCACGUGUGUGGCGGACCCGAGUGGCAACGGCAAGUACACGUGUCAGUGCUCGGACCUGCUUGUUCCUGCUGAGAACCGCGACGGCACACCCACCUGCACGAUAAUUGAAAUCUGCAGCGUGCUACCCACCAACCCCUGCGUCGUCGGGCAGUGCAUCAACAGCGGCGACGGCGGCUACUCGUGCCUCUGCCCACCCAACUACAAGCCCAGCACUCUUGCCUCUGGCCAAAUUACAUGCGUUCCUGAGAUGUCUGGGAGCACAGCAGCAGCGGUGCAGGGCACGUACACAGUGCAGGGGGGGGAGACGUGUGGUGCCAUCUACGGCUUCAUCGGCCUCACCCAGGAGCAGUUCCUCCUGCAGAACGAUGGAUUGGACUGUGACAAUCUCAAGGCGGGUCAGGUGCUCAACAUCUCCAUCCCCUCCUCGGCUCAAGUGUGCCGCGUGCGCUACACUGUCACCCAGGCGGACGCAGCAGCAAGGAGCUGUGAUCCAAUCAACACCCUCUUUGGCAUCGACGUCACGACCAUCAACCCCAGCCUUGACUGCUCAAGCCUCACGCCCAACCAGCAGAUCUGCAUUCAGGUGGGCGAUGCCGUGUCAGGAGCAGCGGACUACAAUCUGUGCACGGAGUAUCAGCCAGUCACCCAGUGGUUCACGUGUGCCAGUGCUGUCGCAAACUACGGCAUGUCAUGGCUCGACCUCUACCGCCUCAACCCCGGCAUCAACUGCGACUCCCUCAGCACGCUCAGAGGCUCCGAGAUAUGCGUCGCUGGCACACUGUUGGGAGCGGUGGCGUGCGGUAAGGCGCGGUCGAAGACGGUGGCGAACCGGAAGUACACGGUGGGGGCGGGGGACAGCUGUGCGUCGCUGGUGGUGGUGCAGUUCCAGCGCCAGCCGUCGCUCGUGGGCGAACUCAACCGCGGCUGGAUGUGCCGUUCUCAGAGCCUCUUUGCCGGCAUGCCCCUCUGUAUCCCUUCUUAG